AUGCUCUCCCGUCUCCCAUCCCGCGCCUACCGACAUGGCGCCGUGCGUACCUGUGCAUUCCACGCCUCGCGCCCAAAUAUGGUGCAAGUCCAGCCUGGAGAUGCCCUGCCGGACCUCGACGUCCUGACGGAGAACUCCCCCGGCAACAAGGUCAAUCUAGCCUCGGAGCUGGCGGUUGGACGGGGACUCAUCGUGGGGACACCCGGUGCAUUCACUCCCGGCUGCUCCCUGUCGCAUGUACCCGGCUUCAUCAAUCACCCGAGGCUGAAGGAUGCAGGAAAGGUGUUUGUCGUGUCCGUCAACGAUGCGUUCGUCACCAAGGCGUGGUCGGAGUCUCUUGACCCAGAGAAGAAGAGCGGCAUCCGCUUCCUGGCAGAUGCGUCGGGGGCGUUUAACAAGUCCCUCGACUUGCUGUUUAGCUCCUCGCCCGUCUUUGGCAAUGACAGGAGCAAGCGUUACGCCCUGCUGGUGGAGGACGGUGUAGUCAAGAAGGCCUUUGUCGAGCCAGACAACACCAGCGUUGACGGAGAACAUACUGACGGUGUUGACUUGUAG